AAAAUUCCAAAUACAGUCCACCCCACUUCAGAAGCAUUACAGUACUUUUUUUGACAGGGGGUAAAAAUCUGUGAAAUUGUCUUCCAUACAUUCAAAAAGCUGCAGCAAUUCUAGUGUAACAAUGGCUGGAGGGUCUUUGCAUGUUGUGGGUGUUUCCCAAGAAAGAGCAGGGAGAUACCAAGGUCGAGCAACUAUCUAUGUGGUGGUGGCAUCCAUUAUCGCUGCUGUUGGGGGCUCCAUAUUUGGCUAUGACAUUGGUAUAUCCGGUGGAGUGACAUCCAUGGAUCCUUUUCUGAAGAAGUUCUUCCCUACUGUGUACCACAGAAAGCACUCUGAGGCAAAAGAUAGCGAUUACUGCAAAUAUAACAAUCAAGCUGUCGCUAUGUUCACAUCAUCACUCUAUAUAGCAGGGCUGUUUGCUUCACUGGCUGCCUCUUAUGUGACCAGGUUGCAUGGACGAAAGAUUAGUAUUAUCUGUGGGGGGAUCAGUUUUAUGUCAGGUGCAGUUCUCAAUGCAAGUGCCGUAAAUUUGGUCAUGCUCUUUAUCGGACGCAUAUUGCUUGGUGUGGGAAUCGGGUUUGGAAAUCAGGCCGUCCCACUUUAUCUCUCAGAGCUGGCUCCUGCAAAGCUCAGAGGUGGGCUGAACAUGCUGUUCCAAUUAGCAACAACAUCAGGGAUUUUUACAGCAAACAUGGUGAACUAUGGGACACAGAAAAUAGAACCCUGGGGAUGGCGUCUUUCUCUGGGCAUAGCUGCUGCUCCUGCAUUUUUGAUGACUGUUGGAGGACUGUAUAUUCCAGAGACCCCCAACAGUUUGAUAGAACAGGGGCGUCUGGAUAAAGGUCGGGCUGUUUUGGAAAGAAUUAGGGGUACCAAGGAUGUGGACGCUGAAUUUGACGAUAUGAUGGAAGCAAGUGAAUUGGCUAAAUCCAUCAAGCAUCCUUUUAGGAACAUUUUAAUACGGAGAAAUCGUCCACAGCUUGUGAUGGCAAUCUGCAUGCCAACUUUUCAGAUAAUGACUGGAAUAAACUCGAUAUUGUUUUAUGCUCCUGUUCUUUUCCAGAGUUUGGGCUUUGGUGCAAAUGCCUCCUUGUAUUCUUCUGUUAUGACUGGAGCUGUGCUCGUGGGUUCGACCAUUGUAUCCAUUGUCCUUGUAGAUAGAUUGGGGCGUAGAGUCCUGCUAAUUAGUGGUGGAAUUCAGAUGGUAAUAUGUCAGGUUACUGUCAGCAUAAUCUUGGGCUUGAAGUUUGGAGGAGAUAAGGAGCUUUCCAAGGGCUUCUCAGUGUUUUUGGUAAUAAUGAUCUGUUUAUUUGUGGCUGCAUUUGGGUGGUCAUGGGGUCCUCUUGGAUGGACUGUGCCAAGUGAAAUUUUUCCUUUAGAGACUCGGUCUGCUGGACAGGCGAUAACUGUUACUGUAAACCUAUUUUUUACAUUUGUAAUUGCACAGUCCUUCCUCUCCCUUCUUUGUACAUUCAAAUUUGGGAUUUUCCUAUUCUUCGCAGGUUGGAUCUUUAUUAUGACUGUCUUUGUAUACUUCCUCUUGCCAGAAACCAAGGGUGUUCCCAUUGAAGAGAUGAUUCUUCUAUGGAGAAAACACUGGUUCUGGAAGAAAAUAGUGCCACCCCUUAACAGUGUUGAAGGAAAUGGGAAACUUCAAGAUACAGAGUCUGCAUUUGCAGAAGCUACAAAAAAUGGGCUCCAACACUAACUUAUUUAUGGGAGAUUUCUUAACUUCUUUACCAUAAGUGUAACCAUGUAAGUGCACAUCUGCAUUGCCCUUAAGAUCUUGUAACUCAGUUUGGAGAUUUUAAUAUGAUUGCCCUUAAGAUCUUGUAAUUCA